AUGUACUGUCUGCAUCUUCGUCAGGGUGUGACCCUGUCUGAACUGAAGGAGGCUCAGAGGACCUACAGUCUGUCUCCUCUGGACAGAGACAGACAGACAGAGGAUGGAUGUAGCAGACUGACUGACAGGUCCUGUCUGCCUGGGAGAGGGUCUACGGAGGACAGAGGAGAGGCCAGGUCCAGCCUGGCCCAGUAUGUGGAGACAGAGGAUCACAGUCCUACAUGGAGCAGGGAGCUAGACGAGCUUGGAAAUCAUAGAUCAAGGCUGGAGACCAUGGAGGCAGAGUAUUCCACUGCAGGACCAGGGCUCAUAUCUCCCUCUGCCAGUGGGCUCUAUACCCUGCCUUUCUCCUCCAGCCUGGCCAUCCGCACAUUCUCCAAAGAAGUUGAAUGGAAAGAUGAAAACCAGAACCCCGUUGAGGAUCCCUCCAAACGUGGCCUCGCCACAAGAGAGAAACAUCUUUGCUUCUGUGACCAAGAGGCCGAUGAAACCUACCAGACUUUUAAGGCGUAA